UACAACAUUGAUAUCUCAAAACGUAUUUUGUAAUUCGUAUCUUCGUCCUAAAGAUACAAAUUUGCGACGUCCAGUUUCAGAAUUUCAUUAUUUUCCACGAUACGGAUUGUGGUUCAGGGGCGAGUGUAUCGGUGAUACGAAACAAGGAUACCGAAAAAAAAGUCGAGGAUCUCGAUCUAGGGGCGCACCGUUACUGAUUACACCGGUACGCAUACAUGCCCUUCAUGGUAACAACGUAACACGAUGCAUUCAUAGGGAUACACACGGGUACGCGAUAUGCAACGUUCAGGCACAUCGGCAUGUCGCGUCACGUUGGUGUUGGGUAGACGCGCGCGUUGCCCGAGGAGGCAUGCACACGAGGAGCGUGGAAUCGACGAGAACGUAUCCCGGUGCCGAGGAAGAAAGAGAAAGAGUUAUAUGCACGGACGACGUACGGUCACCCUGCGAUCGACUCACGGGAGUAAAGGUUUUACCGAUGGCGUACCCCCAUACACGCAGAGAAGAGCAUAUAGGCAAGAGGUUCCCACACUGCAGACCAUGAUUUAUUGGCCUGCCACCCGCCAGACCUGCUGUCAUCAUCGUCCCAUGGUUGGUCCAAGAUACAGCGAAGCGUACCGUAUAUAACUUCCCUUUCUGCACGAUCUUCGCGCCAUAUCGGCUCCUUCUUUCCUCGCGCCCCGGCGAAACAGGAAGGUCCCGUUUGAUGCCGCUCUACAACCGUCCAUCCGCCUUGUUUUACCUUAUGCAGCCCGAUACCCGCCGCUCUCACCGUGAGUUAAUAAUUAGCUCUUUCUUAUCUAUGCUACGGGGAUUAUCUCGACGUAGGUAGCGCAACGUUUGCUUCUCUUUUUCGUCGCCCCUUCGAGGACGAGAUUCUUCGUCCGUGCGACGGCGACUCAACGGCCAGGCGGCUAAUUGCUUGGAUUUUUCUAUGCCUCUUCCCUCCCAGGAAUAUGCAUAUUUGGUACAGAGUGAGAGAAUCGCUCGUGUCACACUUUUCAGGCUCUCAUGUUUUUUGUAACUUGGAGUCAGGUCACCCAUUCACUGCUAACUGUCUAGUAGUUUGUACUACGAGUUUGGAUUGAUUGCAAUUGGUCGCAAGUGGGAAUUUUCGGAAAGGAUGAAAGAGAAUUUUUUCUCUAGACACGGGUGCUUUCGUAUCACUUUUUAUUAUCGAAAUAAUAAUUUAGAUUAAGUCAUACGAAGAGAACAACUUCUACGCAAAGUACUCCAAGCUUCCCAACCCUUAGAUACUUUUCAACCCCCCUUUGAUGGUCCUCGAUUCCAGGAUAAUACUCUAAUAUUUCGAGAGUUUUCAGAAUUCAACAUUCGAGCAUCAAAAAAAGUAUGUCGACUAGUCCGAUUGCCAUCCUGCCGAUUACCCGUCUGUGGUGAACAACCUCCACACGUGCACGUCGUGACCCUGGCACACAACAUUGCAGAAUAUUUUUGGAAUAUGUCUGCUGCAAAGUUGCCGAACCCUCCCUAUGUCUCCGUCCGCGCAAAUUAUUGCUACGCUUCUGCAACGCAUCGGACGAUAUCGCCGUGAUGUUACGUAAACGUACACGUUCUUGAUACGUCGUGUUUAUCGCACAUUUUUUUCUCACUUUUUUUUUUUAGAACAUGUAAAUUGCAUUCUUUUAGGGAAACGGAACGAGUGAGAGCACGCUUUCCUAUUGAAUUUACGAGGAAUUCUCAUAACUAUUGAGAGAAACUCAUUCAUCCUUUCAAACACCGAAACACCCCCUCGCGAAUCACGUACGUAAGGCUAUCUACCUACAUAUAGAUCCAUUGUAGAGAUGGAUUCAUGUAGAUUAAGUUUAGGACUCGAAAGAAGGAUAUCACAAUGUAACAAAAUGACAAGUAUUUCUACGCAAACUGGAGUCAUAAAUGAUUGACAAUUUUACACAGUAGCGAGUUCAUGUCAGCGGUUCUCCAAAAAUUCCCUGUAUUCAGGGUCAGUCGUGGGACGGGCACGUGGGCGGCGCGGUGGCACAUCCACGGCAAAACAUAGGAAAUAGGUAGACGUUCGGUUUUGAUCGGUCGUGGGGAACGAGGCAGGGUUGAGAGCCAAGGGAAAGGAGGUAGAAGGCGAGGAGAGGAGUGAGGGUUCCUUCCAGAAGAUGGGGCAAACACGAAGCCGCUUCGGUAGGGAGCGUAGAGGGGUUAUUUCGUUUCGUCUCAGCGUGGUUUCCCAAGCGGUAGCCUCGCUCGCUGACUGGCAACGUCUACCGUUCGGCACACAGUCGAACCCAUUCGCCACUGGACGACAGACGUCGCGGCGUCACAACGUCGUCCCUUCGCUCGCGUAGUCCCUUUCUGUCACUUGUGCUUCAGACUUCCUGUCAUGCUCCAUCACGGGCUUCAUGUCGGUUUCAUUGUCGCGUUUGUGUCGGUGUACGCGCGCAGUGGCACCGGUUGCUCUUUCUGCGAGAGGCUAUCGCAGCAACAGUUGUCGCAGCAGCAGGGAUACAGGACGAUCGGUAGCCCCAGGCCCUUCGGCGCUGAGAAACCGACCAGGGCGCAGGAGUUCAACAGAACAGGGGUGCUGCACCCCGAGUACCAGAUACCAGCCAACCUGCGACCAGGAAAUGUAUCUCAGUUCUACUACCUGAGUCCACGCGAAGGGCCUUCAUUGACGUUGCUCGUCAGCCCCUGUAGCGGACCGAUAUCAUGGACUGUCAGUUACGUAGAACCACCAGAGAACACCGAAGAAACCGAGGGCACGAAAUCGCAAACACGAUGGCCAGUGAAGUCUUUGAAGCCAGGCUCGCCCCUUUUCACGUACCAAGGCGCGGAGGAUCAGAAUUUCACGAUACCCAAGACACGCGCUGGCCUUUAUUGGUUCGAAAUUCAAGCAUUGGACCCCCCCGACGACAAUUUACAAAAAUUGACACCCAGUACGGUGCUUUUGUACGCGACGUCCAACGACUUGGAUCACGUCACGGAAUGGCACCUUAACGACACGAAGAAUCGUCGUCGUCCGUUGAAGUUUCAGCAGAGGAGAAGUAAACGGCGACUCACGGUGUCCUGGAACAAAAGCGCCAUCGACCCCCACCUCUCGCGCUACUGUUUGGCUGUCACAUCGGGGUCCCAGCCUCACCCCUUGACCCUUUGCGCGGCGCAGAAUGUUCUCCACGUUCAUCCCCAUCCAAUGAAAAGGAGUUCAUCGUCCAAGGAGCAGCUACACCGCGGCAUUCCCGAGGGACUCCACUGCGUACGUCAAACGAAACUGACGCUGCACAGGAUGAAGUACGACACUACGUACAAUUUCACGUUAUACGUGGUGAACACUCGAAACAACGUCUCGAAUCGAGUAGCCACGGACACGAUGAAGUUCCGAAAAACUCCAGAGUUGACGUUGCCCAAUGGACGUUACACCACGGCCAGUUUGCGCAAAACUGAUGGAUUCGUUAAUUUCCGCUACCGUCCUCCAGAGAACAUCUCGAGCACCUUUCAUAUUCUUCCGUGCGGGGGUGGAAUCGUCAAAGCCAAAUUAAGCGGCCCGGGAAUUUUACGGGAAAAGGAAGUAGUAGGAUAUGCGUCAUUAAGGGUGCCACCUUUAACUUCAGGAAAGACGUACACGUUACGGAUAUCCGCCACGCCUCAGGAGCUAGCACGAGUGUUCGCCAUAAAGGUAUUAGCUACCCAGGAAUCCUCUGCGAUAUUUCCACAGAUACCAUCCAGAAGUGCGCCGCGCGAAUACAGAUCCCUAAGAACCUGCCACGAAGUGACAAUAGGGAUAGAAUCAGCUGGCACGGCCAAGUAUUGUAUUCUGGUGCAAGAGUUAAAAAGCGCCUCGUCGUUGGCCAGAAUAACGAUCCCAGACCAAUGUAACCUUCAUCGUCGACGACGUUCGGACUACACCUUCGAAGUUUGCGAAGAAAAACAGAGUCCACCGAAGGAUCGAGCGCUACCGUUCACCCUUAAGCGGUUGCAGCCAGGAAAGGCUUACGUUUUGCAAAUCACGGCGCAAAUGAAGGGACAAUCUUUGUCCUAUCCGUUAUUAGGUGUACGCACUCGACGUUCCUGUUCACCUUGA